CUCUGUCCCUCUCUCUGGCUUUGUCUCUCGAUCUCUCUCUAUCUCUGUGUGUGUUGGACCCACUGUACCUGUCGCUGUGUCGCUGUGUCGCUGUGUCGCUGUGUCGCUGUGUCGCUGUGUCGCUGUGUCGCUGUGUCGCUGUGUCGCUGUGUCGCUGUGUCGCUGUGUCGCUGUGUCGCUGUGUCGCUGUGUCGCUGUGUCGCUGUGUCGCUGUGUCGCUGUGUCGCUGUG